UACUCUCACAAACACAAUGUUCCUGCAGGACUCGCUAUGCGUGUUAGUGGCUUUGUAAGACUGUCAACACACCAGUGUUCUCUACUCUCACAAACACAAUGUUCCUGCAGGACUCGCUAUGCGUGUUAGUGGCUUUGUAAGACUGUCAACACACCAGUGUUCUCUACUCUCACAAACACAAUGUUCCUGCAGGACUCGCUAUGCGUGUUAGUGGCCUUGUAAGACUGUCAACACACCGGUGUUCUCUACUCUCACAAACACAAUGUUCCUGCAGGACUCGCUAUGCGUGUUAGUGGCUUUGUAAGACUGUCAACACACCGGUGUUCUCUACUCUCACAAACACAAUGUUCCUGCAGGACUCGCUAUGCGUGUUAGUGGCUUUGUAAGACUGUCAACACACCAGUGUUCUCUACUCUCACAAACACAAUGUUCCUGCAGGACUCGCUAUGCGUGUUAGUGGCCUUGUAAGACUGUCAAUACACCGGUGUUCUCUACUCUCACAAACACAAUGUUCCUUCUUGUAUAUAUAUGAAUAAACAAAAUAAAAACACAUUGACAAUUACUACUUUAAUUGCAGGCUUAAAGGAACACAUUUUCUACGACAUAUUCCCUCAAACUCGGCCAAGGCGACGACGCUGAGGUGAGCAGUACUCUACGGUGACGUCCUCCAUGUUGCUGUGGCUGCUACGGUGACGUCAACUGUGUCUCCUACGGUGAAGCCAACAGCAAACAGGACGAUGAUGUCAACAACAUCCACGACGCUGAAGCCAACAGCAAACAGGACGAUGAUGUCAACAACAUCCACGACGCUGAAGCCAACAGCAAACAGGACGAUGAUGUCAACAACAUCCACGACGCUGAAGCCAACAGCAAACAGGACGAUGAUGUCAACAACAUCCACGACGCUGAAGCCAACAGCAAACAGGACGAUGAUGUCAACAACAUCCACGACGCUGAAGCCAACAGCAAACAGGACGAUGAUGUCAACAACAUCCACGACGCUGAAGCCAACAGCAAACAGGACGAUGAUGUCAACAACAUCCACGACGCUGAAGCCAACAACAUACAGGACCCUGGAAUCAACGGUGAGUGGAAGACCAUCUUGUGUAAACAAAAGUUCCUGCCAAGACCCUCCCCGGGCGGUGGAGAACUCCGGGUACAAAGCUGCCACCUUUGUUCUGCUGGUGUUAGUGAUGGUUGUGGUCGUGGCCGGUGUGUACCUGCUCAGGAAGCACCGGAGGACACUAGCGCGCAUCACAUCUUCCCUGAAGAAGGCUCACAAAGAUGUGGAGGCCGCAGCCUCCCGGACCUGCGACGUGAACCCCGUCGCACGGAAUGACAUAUCUCCUGAGAUGGUCAGCAUCGACUUCACCUUCUGUAGUGGCGUUUCCCGCACUCCUUCUCCUUAUAGCCUGAAGUCUAGUUCCUUCGUCGUCUCACCCGUGGCUGCUCUUGGGUUAAGCUCCCGGUCCCCGCCGCCUCUCCCUCUCCAUACACACCCCCAGGUACCUCCCACCAACAAUCGUGUCUCGGCUCCCCCUCACGUGUUGACAUAUAAGAUAGAGAAAGAGAGCCCGUAUGACACUCUGCCAGCCCGCGCGGUCCCGGCCCUCGUGUUUACCAGCGCCCAGACCUCAGGCUCACCCCUUCCUCUAACCACUUCACCAAAGACAUGGCAAGAGCCACCACGACAGUCUCUCACACUGAGAGACUCUGGCUGGGGGGAUAGUGAGGAUAACAGCGAGGUGAAACACUGUGGUCACGAACCACCGGAGUCACCGGACACCUCGCCCGGCCUCAGGAGACUCUCCAUAACCAAAGUCCUGGCAGCGGCAGUGCAAGAAAUGAAAGAAAAAUCUCUCUUCACCCGAAUGAGAGACCUGGUAGGGGCAGACAGCCCCGGCACCAGUAGGUGUCCCUCACGCAAGUGGCGCCACAGACUCAAACUGUCAGCUUCAAGAAACGCUUCUCUGGAUAAUGAAGAAUUAUCAUCAAGAAUGACCGUCUUCGACAAGGAAAAAUUAGACUCAAGAAAGAAUUUAUUAGACAAGGAAGUCCCAGGCUCAGAGAACAUUCCCGGGAUAAGAAUGUCUCUGGAUCAAGAACAACUUUCCGUGAGAUGGGACUCCCAGACUCGAGAAGGAUGUCUUUUACAACAAGGAAGUCCCAGACCCAAGGAAGGUCUCCCGGGACAAGGAAGUCCCAGACCCAAGGAAGGCCUCCUGGGACAAGGAAGUCCCAGACCCAAGGAAGGUCUCCCGGGACAAGGAAGUCCCAGACCCAAGGAAGACCUCCCGGGACAAGGAAGUCUCAGACCCAAGGAAGGUCUCCCGGGACAAGGAAGUCCCAGACCCAUGGAAGGUCUCCCGGGACAAGGAAGUCCCAGACCCAAGGAAGACCUCCCGGACAAGUAG